CGAGACGUAUGUUAUCAGCGGCAUUGAUACAGCAGUUUCGGUGUUCUCUCUGCUUCGUAUCACGUACGUUUAGUAUUUUAAAAAUGGAACCAAAAGUGAAUCUAAAACAAGAUCCGGCAUAUCAGAAGUUACAAGAAUAUUAUAACAGUAACGCUAAUAAGAUUAAUAUCCUACAGCUAUUCCAACAAGAUGCAGAUCGCUUUAAUAAAUACAGUCUUCGCAUACCUACACCAAAUGAUGGUGAGAUCCUUCUGGAUUAUUCCAAAAACCGUAUUGAUGAUACAACAUUCUCACUGCUGCUCAACUUAGCUAAGAGCCGUAAUGUUGAGAAAGCUAGAGAUGCUAUGUUUGCUGGUGAAAAGAUAAACUUCACGGAGGAUCGUGCGGUGCUCCACAUUGCCCUCCGCAACAGACAGAACCGGCCAAUCAUGGUGAACGGCAAGGAUGUGACACCAGAUGUGAACGCUGUGCUCGCACAUAUGAAGGAGUUCUCGCAGCAAGUUAUUAGCGGGUCUUGGAAGGGGUACACUGGCAAGGCAAUCACUGACGUCAUCAAUAUUGGCAUAGGUGGUUCCGAUCUUGGCCCCUUAAUGGUGACAGAAGCUUUGAAGCCUUAUGCCAAUCAUCUUAAGGUACAUUUCGUAUCAAACAUCGACGGCACCCACCUCGCCGAAGUGCUGAAGCGGCUAAACCCCGAAACGGCACUGUUCAUCAUCGCAUCGAAAACGUUCACCACCCAAGAGACGAUCACCAACGCCACCUCAGCGAAAACGUGGUUCUUGGAGGCCGCUAAGGACCCAGCCGCAGUAUCGAAGCACUUCGUAGCGCUGUCCACUAAUGGCGAAAAAGUGACAGCGUUCGGUAUCGACCCCAAGAACAUGUUUGGUUUUUGGGAUUGGGUUGGAGGAAGGUAUUCUCUAUGGUCGGCCAUCGGUUUGUCCAUCUCGCUGUACAUCGGCUUCGAAAACUUCGAGAAGCUUCUGGACGGCGCCAACUUUAUGGACAACCACUUCUGUACCGCACCGCUGGAGAAGAACGCGCCAGUGAUACUAGCGCUGCUAGGAGUGUGGUACGGCAACUUCUACGGCGCCGAGACCCACGCUCUGCUGCCUUAUGAUCAGUACUUACACCGAUUCGCCGCGUACUUCCAGCAAGGCGACAUGGAGAGCAACGGCAAGUAUGUGACGCGGUCAGGUGCCAGCGUGGACUACAGCACGGGGCCGGUGGUGUGGGGGGAGCCCGGGACCAAUGGACAGCAUGCCUUCUAUCAGCUGGUGCACCAGGGGACCAGGCUAAUCCCAUGCGACUUCCUCGCGCCUGCGCAGACGCACAACCCGAUAGCGGGCGGCGCACACCACAAGAUCCUGCUCGCUAACUUCCUCGCGCAAACCGAGGCGCUUAUGAAGGGAAAGACGGAUGCUGAGGCCAAGGCGGAAUUAGAGAAAUCUGGAAUGGCGCCCGAGGCCAUCGCUAAAAUCCUCCCCCACAAAGUGUUCCAGGGCAACCGUCCCACCAACUCCAUCGUCGUCAAGAAGUUCACGCCCUUCACGCUCGGUGCCCUCAUCGCCAUGUACGAACACAAGAUCUUCACCCAGGGAGUUAUCUGGGAUAUCAACUCUUUCGACCAGUGGGGAGUGGAGCUCGGCAAGCAAUUGGCUAAGGCCAUCGAACCAGAGCUGCAAGACUCCAAGAAGGUCACCAGCCACGACGCUUCCACUAACGGCCUCAUUAACUUCUUGAAAGAAAACUUUUAAAUCUCUUAUACGUAGUUUAGUUUCAUCAGAAUAUUUUAAGCCAAUCAAAUCUUUUGAUUAUAAAUUGUUGACCAAUAGCAGCGAAGAACGUUUGCGGUCAAACAUGAUUGGCUAACCAACAUUCUUAUGUUGGAUUUUACUCAAUACUUAUAAUAAUUAAAUUUUUAAUUUUCAUCAAAUUUUUAUUGGAAAUUAUGAUCAUAAAAUACUUUAAGGUAUUUCAGGAGACCAGUGUAAAGUUUUAUAUAAAUUUUAUCCCUUAUAGAUAUCGUUUUUAUUUUAUACAUCUUACCCAUUUAUGAUGAAUUUUUGGAUCAUGAUAUAUUCACAUUUGGAUACUUGCUUUAUAGAAUUUGUGUAUUUGAUUUUAUGCUCAUUCUAUGUAAUUACUUAAUAAAUUCUAAAUGUUGUUGAUGGUAGAGAAAAUUAUUGAAAUUGUUGCUUUAUAGAUCUAUUGUAUGUUGGAUGAAAGAAAAUAUAUAUUUAUCACGCUUUA